UGGAAGGGGCCCGUCUCUGCUAAACAGUCUCUACUUUGCCUCACACAUGGUCUUACAGUAAGUGUGUAGCUGUUGAUCUAUGCACACGUGUAGUGGACAGCUACGUGAGUUACAUGAAUUUGGUCCAUUGAAUCUGAGACACAUUUUGAGAGGUACAGAAAUCAAGUCAUGGCAGGAAGGGGUCGUGGUAGAAGCCAGUUUACCUUCAAUGUGGACGCUCUGGGUUUUGGGAGAGGAGAUACUUUACCCACAACCGCACAAACACCUUCUCCUCUGUUUCCUCCUAUGCAGUUUCGUCCCGUGCCUCUGCAUACAGGAGAAGAGGUGGAAUAUAUGCUUGCACUUAAACAGGAGCUGAGAGCCUCCAGUAAGAAUCUGCCUUUCCACGUCAGAACAGCCCGAACAAAAAAAGAUGUUGCUCGCUACUCUGAUAAAUACCAAAACGGAGAGCCAAGGAACAACAUCAUUGAAUGGAGUCCAGACUGGAGUCGACUGCCUAAAGAGCUUUGCAUUAAAGUACGAAAACCCCGGAAACCAAAUGCCAAACCACAACUCAAGCAAAGACCAAAAAUAUCUGUGGGCAAAGAAGAGGUUAUCAAAACACUAGAGACUCUUGAGAAGAAAGAGCAGGAGCAGCAUUCAGAGGAAGAGGAGGACGAGGAGAAGAAGAAACAGAAAAAUGAUGAGGAGGAGGUGGAUGGGGAUGAAGAUUAUGAUGAGGAAGAGCUUGAAGAUGAGACUGACUACAUCAUGUCUUACUUUGACAACGGUGAAGAUUUAGGAGCAGAGAGUGAUGACAAUAUGGAUGAAGCCGUCUACUAAUGAUUUUAAGAUACAUUUUAUGUGAAGUUUUUGUCAUUAGGGAUGGCAAUUUUAAAGGAAUGAGUUCUGGAGUGCCAAGCUAUCAGGUUAAACAUACAAAAAACAAGGAGAGGACGCAUGUAAACAAUAAGUGUCUUAAUUCAAUCACAUUCUCUGUCCUAACUUGUCUUAUAUUGAAUCAAGCCAUGACAAGUGACUGACUUCAAUAUCAUUGCUAAUACUAUUGAGACACAGAUGCUGCUACUGAGAUGUUGAGUUUGUCUUUUUGUGCUGUGAUUUCUACGCUGCUUGACAUAAACUGCAAAAGUGAUCAACAUACAUGCUGCUGCUUUUCUGGCUGUGUGCUGUAAUGUUACCAAACCAAACAAGACAAUCUCAUUGAGCACUUUUACAGUAAGACAAAUAUAUUGGCUCAAAUGGACAAGCUUUAAAAAAAGAAAGAGGUCAUCAUUCCUGUUUGUGCAUGAGAGGACACUACAAAACACUUUAGUCUGUGGAUUUAGUGCACCACUCGUUUACACCUGAUAAUGUCUAGAUUUGUGAAUUACAGGUGGUUAAGACUAUUUUAAAUGGUUUUAGUCUAAUUUAAACGGUUUUAAGGUUUUUGAGCGUUCCUUGUGCGUAAAUGUUAUUUAAAGUAAUAAAUCACCCAAA